AUGCACCUGCGUCCCGAUCAUGCAGUCCGAGACCUCCCAACCCUCCACGCCUUCAUUAAACAACACCCACUAGGUGUCCUCACCACUUCCCUCCCCUCGGAAAAUCACCCGACUCUUCAAUGCAGCCACAUCCCCUGGGUGUUGGACAGUGAAACUAUCGAAUCCGCUUUAACAAAUGAAGCAGAUGUAGCCGAUGAAAACACCUCACAGCCACAUCCCUCCAUGGGAGUCCUCCGUGGCCACAUCGCGCGCCAAAAUCCACAAAGCAAAGCAAUGGUAGAAGCUGCCUCAGACAGCAAAACAAUCAGUAUACCGGGCGCAUUUCCUAUAACAAGCCCCACAGAACCAAUAUCCACAAGCCAUUCACUUCCUGGUGAAGUGUUGAUCGUCUUCACCAGCCCAGUAGACCACUACAUUACUCCAAAUUUCUACACAGAGUCCAACCCCGCCACAGGUAGAGUCGCUCCGACGUGGAAUUACGCUGCGGUGCAGGUCUAUGGUCGGGCGAAUAUCUACCACGACACAAAGGAUGAGCAAACGGAGCUGUUUCUACGCCAACAGCUCGGCGAUUUAGCCCAGCUUGGAGAGGAAGGCAUAAUGGGGUUUCAAGAUGAGACUGGUUCGCGUUCGAGAUCUAAUGUCAAACACGGUGGAAGUGGAACUGGGAAUGGGGGUCCACACGGAAACCUGAGUCCGAACCAGAGCCCAGACUUGGAAGAGCUCCGUCAGGGGGUGCAAACGGCACCGACCGGAGCUAGCGGGUAUGGUGAGGCCUCGGCAUUACCGAAGCCUUGGAAAAUCACCGAUGCGCCACGGGAGUACAUUGCCGCACUUUUGAAGAAUAUUGUCGGGAUGAGGAUUGAAAUCACACGGAUUGAGGGCCGGUUUAAAAUUAGUCAGGAACGGCCGGUUCAUGAUCGUACUGGUGUGGUUGAAGGAUUGGAAAGGAUCGGUGGCACCGCGAAGGAUAUGGCAGAGUUUGUAAGGCGGGGUAAGGUUUUGCCUUGA